AUGCCUCCAGAACUAUUCUCCCCUUCGACCAACAAUGCAGAUGGGAACCUCAAGACUACCAUCAAGACCUUUCCGACGCCUACUCAUGCUGAUACCUCGUCCUUCGCGGCCGCGUCCGACGACGAUCCUGCACUCCAACGUCGGAUCGCUGGCUCUGCUUCCGUGAAGCAUCUAGACCAGCAAACUAGCCUUCGAGACAAUACGUCUCUGGGUAUCACCGACGACCACAAGGCUUCAGACGGUACCUCUCCAUCUGGCGCUGUCACCGUCUCUCGUUCCGGUACUGUCAUCGAGCCGAUCACCCCUUCCGAGAAGCCUCAGCCCAAGACCAAUUUUGUGGAUUGGUUCUCAAAACGCCUUCCCAAAGUUCACAACCCGACUCUUUCUGCGAACGGCCCUGCCAAAUGGGACAAGACCAUUCUCAUGUCGACGCUUUACGAGUACGGCAUCCAAGUUGUGGAUCAAGCGAAGACAUUUCGGGACGAAGCUAAAAAAUCAAGGAAGAAUGGACGGCCGACCCGGGAGAAGGUGGUCAAAACAGCUGAGCAGAAGGAAUCAGCCCUGAAGGAGUUUGAGGAGAUGAAUAAGAAAGGAAGAGGAGUGGUAGAACGAGUUCGUCAAGCAGUAGUGCCGGCGACCUGCUCACAUGGCAUAGUAAAGCGCUUAUGA